GGAGGGGGAGAGGGCGGGGAGACCCUUUGCACACUUUGCAUCCUAAGGGAGAUCCUUCCAAGCUUUGCCCCAUGUCGAAGUGACUUGAUCUGCCAACCUGGCCUCUCGGUUUAUGAUCUUCGGAAAAAUAAAAGGCAGGGAGCAGCAGUCCCCCCAACCAGCUGCGUAAAUGAGUAUGGAAGAUUAUGACUUUCUCUUCAAAAUAGUUUUAAUUGGGAACGCCGGCGUAGGGAAGACCUGCUUGGUUCGACGGUUCACUCAGGGUCUUUUUCCACCAGGACAAGGAGCCACCAUUGGGGUUGACUUUAUGAUUAAGACAGUGGAGAUAAAUGGUGAAAAAGUAAAGCUGCAGAUCUGGGACACAGCAGGACAAGAGAGAUUCCGGUCUAUUACUCAGAGCUACUAUCGGAGCGCCAAUGCGUUAAUCCUGACCUACGACAUAACGUGUGAAGAGUCCUUCCGAUGCUUGCCAGAGUGGCUGCGAGAGAUAGAGCAGUAUGCCAGCAAUAAGGUCAUCACUGUCCUAGUGGGGAAUAAGAUUGAUUUGGCAGAGAAACGCGAAGUAUCUCAACAAAGAGCCGAAGAAUUUUCCGAAGCGCAGGAGAUGUACUAUCUGGAGACCUCGGCUAAAGAGUCGGAUAAUGUGGAAAAACUCUUUCUGGACUUAGCUUGCCGGCUGAUCAGCGAAGCAAGGCAGAACACCCUUGUGAACAAUGUGGAAUCCCCACUGCCUGGCGAAGGGAAAAGCAUCAGCUAUUUGACUUGCUGUAAUUUCAACUGAUUCCAGUUGAACCCCCGAGGGUUAUGACUAUUUUCUUCUCCUUGCGAGGGCCUGUCUCGAUAAGAGGCAAUGCCUGAUGCCGUGCCCCAAUCCGACUGGCAGAUGUAGUCAGGUUCCCCAUCUUGAAGCAUGGCGGGCUGGCCACUUCGCCUGUGAGGUCAGCAUAGAAUAUAACCGGGCUUAAUCCUUUUUUUAAAAAUCCCUGUAACGUGGAAGAGGUGCUAGUUGUCCACCGGCCUAAAGACAUCAGGUCGUCGCUUUACAUCUUGAAGGUGACUAGGAAAUGGUGAAUAAUGUGAGAGCUUUCUUGCACAACAUGUUUUGGUUCUUUAAAGGAGGAGAUAGAAAUGCACAUUAGCCAUUAGGUGCCCUCCCCUGGGUUGCCAGCUAAGCAAAUACUUGUAUAUAGAUCAUGGCCCCAAAACAUUGGGUUUUUUUAGGGCACGACUCAACAAAAUGUGUGUGUGCGUGUGUGUGUGUCAUUUUAAAAAGUGUUAAUGUCUCCCAUGUUCAGGCACUUUCAUCGACAUGGAAGUUAAAAAUAGAAAUGCCAAUAUUUUGAAGCCAACAGGCGUAGAGGAGACGGGCUCUGUCAAUUCAUUGUCUAUUAGGAGUUUGGCAAACUGUUCCCCAGGUUACAUUUUAAAUGCUGUCUGUUGUUUACUCUGUUCUGUACAAAAGCUGAAGAACGUCAAGAAAGGAGUCCCUUUCUGUAAACAAACAGGCCUUCUUGGUUGGUACAAGAAAAUAUGAUCUCUUUGACUGGAGUCAGUUUAGGUGGAUUUACAUUUAGGCAACCAGAAAGAGCCAAUUUUAGAUUUUGAAAGAGGAACCAUUAAGAGUCCUUUAUGAAUUUGACUUGGUCAAACAACUACCAUAAUUUUUGCAUUUCACAUGCAAGUGAAAAAACUCUUCUACCAUCUAGUUUAGACUUCUGUUCCUGCUAUCUGACCUACAGGAAUGACCUACAGGUUUUUAACAUGAUUAUUUCAGGGGUUAGCAGAAGUAACUCUCUUUUUGGAAUACUGUACCUAGACAUCUGGAUUGUAUACAUGGUUGUCAAGUUUAAAGGGAUCAUAUGACACUUCAGACAUGUUUGAGGCCCAUCUUGAGGGCUCAUUAACGUCAAAUGUUUGUCUGAGAUCUUACAAAGAAUCCAGAUAAGCACUGCCCAAAUCAAAUCAACAGCACCUACAGCUAGUCUUUACAGGAUCAGACUGGGGUGUGUGUUUUUAGCAAACCGUAUGGCGUUUGGGUAGCAGCCAUCUGUGUAGGGACAACAUCUCAUCAGGAUGUGAGUGCACAAUUUCUUAAAAGAUUUUAAUAAGCUUGGAAAUUUAAAAAGUAGCGCAUGUUCUGAAUUCAGUCUAAUCUUUAUUCAGGCCACGAUCACUUUGCAAAGCUGCAGCUCUGAAUAUCAAUUUUAAACCGCAGUGUUCAGAUGCGCUCCCUGUAAUGUAGUUGCUUGCAGGCUCGUAGUUGUCGCUCCUCUGGUUUGUCUAUCAUGCUCUCUUAGGCUCAGCUCUGUGCACGUGUGUGUGAAUGCACGUAUGUAUACUUGGUGGGCUUAGACAAUUCCACUGAUCCAAAACGUCAGGGUUGGAAGCAGUAUGGAGUAUGUCCUGUCCUCAUCGCCAUCCUUACUACGCCUCUAGUGCCAUGCUCAAAGAACACAUUGGAUUUUACAAAUCCGAUGUAAAAAGAGGAACUGAAGGAGCAGACACAGCCGACUCUUUCUCAGAUAUUGGUAUUGACUUGGUUACCCUGAAAGGGUAAACCGUCUGGGUUACGACAGACCCACAACGGAUUGUAACUUAUAGUAUUAAUUUGCUGGUUAUUCUGUAUUUAGUAUUAAUUAGUUGGAUAUUUACAGAAGGGAGGGGGCCUAACUAUGGUGGGGAAAGAAUCGUUGCUAUGCUGGAGUCUAUAUCAAUGAACCCCCAAUGAAAGCACAUAAGAACUUGGGUAAGAGUGGGACUGUGUCUGUGCUUUCAUACUGACCCUUUAUUUUAGGGACUUUUUGUGGUGGGAGAAUUUCUGGGGUUUGAGCCCUACAACUCACACAUGUUCCCUUUUGCAUUGAAAAGGAGCUGCUAAAGAUUUAGCCUUUUUUGAAAAUAAAGCUGACAUUUUGAAAUAA